AUGUCACUAAAGAACCAAAAUUUGCAAAAUAUUCAAAAGCAAAUUGAAUUGUAUUUUAGUGAUGCAAAUCUUAGGCAUGAUAAGUAUAUGCUAAAUAUAUUACAAACUAGUGAACAAGGUAAUAUUCCAAUAUCUAAAAUUUUGUCUUUCAAUAAGAUUAUAAGCUUAAAGGCUAACUCUAAUGAUAUAAUUGAAGCUUUAAAAAACUCGAAAUCAUUACAAGUAAAUGUAGAAAGCCAAACUAUAUGUAGGAAAGUCCCUUUCGACUUUAAUGUCGAUUCUCAGAUUCCAUAUAAUAAAAUUCUUUUUAUAAAAAGAGUACCUAUCAAUUGGUAUCACAAAACUAUUCGAGAGAUUUUCGAAUGUUUUGGAAAUGUUGCUAUUGUCAGGUUACCGAAAAUUAACAAGUCCCAUACUAGGAGGUAG